AUGUCCGCCACAGACUCUGGAACUCCAAGCUUGCCAUCGGCCGAAUGCAUCGGUCUGUCUUGUGCUGCACUUGUUAUUUUCGGCAUACUACUGUUUCCUACUCUCUACAUUGCCUACAAACAUGGAAAGGCUGGCAACAUGUGCUGGCCCAUCCUAGUAACCUUCCUCGUCUUCCGGAUUGUUUCUGACGCCUACUACCUGUCCAAACGCAACGAACCGGACCUGCCAACUAUGUUAGCUAUGGUGACAAGUUCCGCAUGUAGCGCGACGAUGACCCUUACGAUCAUUGGCUUGAUCUAUGAAGCUGUAAAUCUCCCUUUGACUCUAUCCAAGCGAUCGAGAAACAAAGUCAUCAUCGCCAUAAUGCAUAUUGUUUACACUGUCAGCACCAUCAUGGUAGCCUAUGGAGGAAGCCGUGACACGACGGCCCCGGAAGGAGUAAAGAAUCAUGUUCUCAACAAGACCGGAAACGUUUUCAUGUUUCUCGUCAUAAUUGGUACUCUAUUCUGGCUAUGGCCUGCCGGAGAACACACAUUCUAUGCUCGACACGAUAUCAACUAUUACGCCGCCAAGGCGCUGAUGAUUGCCGCUGCACUCUGCAUCGUCCUGCAGUCAAUUCGUCUCAAUUACGACCUAAUUUAUGCUUUCACGCAGAUCUCUACCCUUCAUCCUACAACGGGCAGUUUCGCAAUCCGGUUUAUUACCUUUUCACUUCAGCUGGUCAUCGUCGCCAUCACUCUCAUCGCGGGGUGGUAUAGUAGAGAUGCAGUCACAACCAAGCUAGCAGCUCUUGAGUCACAAAGCACUUCCCAUUUAGUCUGA